CCCACCCCCGACCCGCCUGUCCGUUCCCCUCCUCCCUCUCCCAUGGACGACCUCUCGCCGCGCCUGGGGCUGGCCGAAUCCGACGCGGCGGCGGACGGCAAGAUGGCCAACGGCGAGGCCUCCGACGACGCCCGCGCCGUCGAGGUCUCCGGCGGCGUCUCCGAGGACACCCUCCCCGCGGUGCUCCGCGGCUUCGUGGACGGCGUCUGGCCGCGGCCCGGCGACGGCGGGGAUCCGCUGCUGCGGCGCCUCCGCGCGGCGACCUGCGAGGCCGCGCCGCGGCUGCGGGACGCCUCCAGGAACUCGGCCCGCGACCUGCUCGCCUGGACCAAGCAGGGCAGCGGCCUCCGCGCCAUCCUCGUCAUCUCGGUCGGAACAAUCACGAUGAUAUCACUGACUGGCCUGCUGAUUUUCAUGUCCUUCCUGCUGGUCGCGACCGCUAAUGCCAUUAUUGUUUCAGUUCUUAUGUCCUUGGCAGCUGCUGGAGGAUUCCUGGCCUUGUUUUUUGCUUGCUUGGUUGCAGUGUAUGUCGGAGCAGUAUCAAUUGCCAUAUUCGUCAUCUCUGCCACUGUUAUCUCUGCAAUUGUUGGAGUCAUGAUUGCUACUGGCUGGAUCGGAUUCUUUUGGAUGAUUUGGUUUGCCGCAAGGAAGAGCCUGGACCUUACCAAGCACUCAAUCGGCAUGACGACCUCUGCUAUGCAGUCGUAUUCAACUUCUCGGAGUGUGGGGCAGAAGUCCAUAGACUGACUAAGAUAGCAGCAAGUGGUUUAGCUACACAGCGCUGUCUGUUAUCGCGUGAUGUUUCCGCCUCGCUGCCCUGCUGUUGUUGUGUUAUAUAUGCUGCCUAAAGCGUGUCGUGUGCGAGUCACCGCUUGUCGAGUAUGUUAUUUCGAGUAGAGGACAUGAAUCCGUGUAUAGUUAUCCCGGUCUAGUGUAAGGUAUCCUCGCGUCCCUGAACUUUCGGCAUCCUGUGUUGUAUGCUCGUAGUAACGAAUAAGGCAAUAAUGCCGGCGAGUGCGGGCUAGGUUGUGGUGUUGUGCUGUAAAUGGAGGUGUCCUCCGUGGCUAUGUUGAGGCAUAGAGUGAUAAAAAAAGACAGUAGCUGUCAAUUUCA